AAACCCUUAUUCUCAGAAAUUGCGUAAGUUUGUUGUUUAUGAAGAUCAUUAUUUUUUUUUACUGCUCUUCCGUCCCUAAUUCAGAUUUAUUGGUUGAGGAUAGAAGGCUAAUCCUUUUCUAGUAAAUUCUUGUGGUUUUUCAAACCCUUCUUGAAUGAAUCAGUUGAGAUUGCAGACAGCACUUCUUCUGGGAGUCGGUUCCGAGAGUUUAUGCCUCGCUGUGAAAACCACUACUCAACAGCAACAUGAUUUCUUCUUGGCUUUUGAACCCUCCUGCUAUAUCCUCUAAGGUGUUCCAACCUGGUGGGAGGGAAAAGAGAGAAUAGGUCAGGGUUUCUUGAUAAUGGGAGAUGCAAGGUUUACAAAACUGGCUAAACAGAGAGAACUCUUGCGCAGCAGACAAAAACAGAAGUACGCACACCAAGUUCUUUCACUUCAAGAGCGUUCCGAGAGUGCUGGAAUUAAUAAUUUCAGAAUUGAUAACUGGGGAGAAAUUACUCGUGUACAACAACCCACCUCCAAUAUCCGUUCGAAUUACGACAAUAGUGAUGAGUGUUACGCGUAUGAUGGUCCACAGGCAUAUGAGACAACUAAUCCCGACUCUCUCCCUUUCAAUGAGAUUCAAGUUAUUCGUGUAACACCUAGUUCAACAUUAUGUGACAACAAUUCUAAUCAUCAGUACAUUGCCAAGGAGUCAUCAAUUAACAUCAGAGAGGAUGAAGUCACUGGUUCUUUGGAAAAUCCUACUAUGACGCGUUCAAGCACCAUGUAUUCUUCACUCGACCAAGACGCCGUUAUGGGUUCAAUAGAAGAAAGUGACAAUGAAAUUGAGGGGCAGCCAGCGAAUACUUGGAAUGAUAGGUCCUCUUGCUUCAUUGAUCAGGAACACAUACGAUGUUUAUGUGACGAUUCCAAUGUGUGUCAUUGCGUAGCCAACCGGAAAUUAGACACGAAUGUUGUUCAGUGUAACAACGAACAAUCACUCAGACGUGGUACUGUAUGUAGUUAUUCGCAAGCGAUCAAGAGUCUGGACUCAAUCUGUGAUUUAAAGACCUCUUCAUAUGAUGAGAAAUCUCUUGCUCCAACAGUUAUCCACUGUUCCUGGGGUGAAACGUGUUCACGUAUUAAUUCCCCGAAGAUUGUGUCUCAGAUUAAUAGUUCCAGUGGUGACAAAGAAAUGAGUAUGGAACUGGUCUCAACUACCAUUGAAAAUUCGUAUGAGUUGUGCGAAGAUGGUUCCAGAAGGGUGGUUUUAAAUCCUACAAAUAAUCACUCUGACACAUGCGAUGUUGCAAAAUCUCAGAAUUCCUUAAAUAUCAAGAGACGUGAAGAUGUAGAGUUCCAUGAAUUAAUCCAGCCUUUAGCUUUCGAUUCAACUGGGGACUUGGAUGGACUUAUCCUGAAACCUGCUCCGCAGGGUGUUACGAUGCAUUGUUGUAUAACUCGAGACAAACGAGGUGUCGAUGGUGGCAUUUAUCCUUCGUAUUACCUCCAUCUCGAAAGGGAAGAUCGUAAGUUUUUCUUGUUGGCAGCUAGACGCCGUAAACGAUCGACAACUAGCAACUAUGUGAUAUCGUGUGAUGUCACCAAUUUAUCACGGGGUGCAAAGUGUUUAGCUGGCAAACUGCGCUCUAACUUUUUAGGUACUCAAUUUACUGUAUAUGGCAAUGAAUGUAAAACAACAGAAAAUGAAAGUUAUAACCCCGGAAGUAAGAUGCAUAGCUACGUUGUGCCUGGGACAAGCGCUAAAACCCAAAAGUUGCAAGAGCUUGCUGCCAUUAUAUAUGUAUGUAUUUCUAUUCAUCAAUAAUCUUUGUUUUUAAACUGCUGAUUUUUUUAACUGGUCAUUGUUACCAUAGGAACCUUCGAUUCUUUGAAUUAACUGCAUCAUGACUAAAGUAAAAAGUUUGUUUCAGCGAGCUGUGGGAGUUAGAAGAUUGAUUGCAUAUGACCGAGGAUCAUCAGAGGAAUCCCUUUAAUAGUACAUUUAGGAGGAUGGUAUGGUGUUUCGGAGCCGAAAUGUCUUCUAUACAUCUAUUGACUGCUUAGACAGCUAACAAGAGAUAUCUGCAGUGAGAGAAAUAUUUCUUCUGACGAGAUUACAGCAAAACUUAGCCAAAGUAAAUUUGGCUGUAUUCUUUAGAAGCAUGGCUAAAGUAUUAGAGUCUCACAGUUAUCAUUUAUUUUUGGUGGGUCUUUUUGACCAUGUACACAACCCUCAGGAGACACAUCUUCCGUACAUUAUUAUGGGUUUCUUAGCAUCUCGUAAUUCAUAUC